CGGUUAGAUUCAGUCAGUCGCUUGGGUCGUUUGGGCGCGCGUUGUUUUCUACUCGGACGAUUUGCAUGGAAUCGCACUUAUUCAAUUACAAAUAUUCAUGUGAUGUACACUGGACGAUGAAUGGGACGGUUAUAAAUGGACGGACAUUGUGAAUCACGGCCGGUUUAUAAAGUUUACGUUGAAAAAAAAAAAGUUACUCGCACAAGUUUCGCGCGUGGAGUUUUUAAGAAUUGUGUUCGGAUUACAAUAAAGUUAAAACUGUUUAUUUGAUAAAAUUUAAAGAAAGACAAUAAUAAUGAAAGAGAUCAAUAAGAAAGAGGAGACGUCUGACGAUGAAUCGGGCUUGGGUUAUCAGAAUACCUUGAUGUAUGGUCGCUACCAACGCGAUUUAAGCGAAGCGGCCAGAGAAGAAGCAAGAAGACUAAGGAGACUGCGGAAGAAAAGACGAAAAGACGAUAAGUUACGGCAAAAAGAAUUGGAAGCCUCAGGAAAACAUCGCCCCAGAGGAAGGUUUUUUAAAGUAUUAGGCUACAUUUGGCGGAAUACAUUCGCACGUCUCGGCGAGGACUGGGUCUUCCUUGCGCUGCUGGGCAUCAUAAUGGCUGUACUAAACUUUGCCAUGGACAAGGGCAUUGCAGUAUGCAAUAAUGCUCGUAUGUGGAUGUAUAAAGACCUGGCCACGUCUACCUUCAGUCAGUAUGUGGCGUGGGUCUCUCUGCCUGUUUGUCUAAUCCUCUUCGCUGCCGGCUUCGUCCAUAUCGUCGCCGCUCAGAGUAUUGGUUCUGGCAUACCAGAGAUGAAGACGAUUCUUAGAGGAGUCCACCUAAAGGAAUACUUGACGUUCAGAGCUAUGGUCUCUAAAGUUAUCGGUCUGACAGCCACCCUAGGAUCUGGUUUACCACUGGGUAAAGAGGGUCCGUCGGUACAUAUAGCGUCUAUGGUGGCUACGUUGCUAUCUAAACUGGUGACCACCUUCCAAGGGAUAUAUAGUAACGAAUCUCGGACAAGCGAGAUGUUGGCUGCUGCUUGUGCUGUAGGAGUUGCUUCCUGCUUUGCUGCCCCAGUAGGAGGUGUGUUGUUUUCCAUCGAAGUAACGACGACUUACUUCGCGGUGAGGAACUACUGGCGAGGAUUCUUCGCUGCCUGCUGCAGUGCUAUUAUGUUCCGCCUACUAUCAGUAUGGUCCGGAGCUUUGCCCACAGUGAAGCCUCUCUUCCCCACCAGCCUCCCUCAGGACUUCCCUUUUGACCCUCAAGAGUUCGCCGUCUUCGUACUACUCGGUAUCGUCUGCGGGCUGAUGGCAGCCCUGUGGGUGUUCCUCCACCGCCAGUACGUGCUCUUCAUGAGAAACACCAAGGUCCUCAGUAACUUCCUACAGAAAAACCGCUUCAUCUACCCUGGAGUGAUGACCUUGGUUGUGAUGUCCGUUCUGUUUCCUCCCGGGAUUGGGAAGUAUAUGGCGGCUGACCUUGGAAACCAGGAACAGGUUUUGUCUCUGUUUUCGAACUUCACGUGGUCCGAUGCGUUGACAGCGGAGCAGGCGGCGCUGGUCGACCACUGGCGGACCGAGGACGUUGGACACUUCGCUGUACUCGUUAUUUACUUCUUCAGCAUUUUCUUCCUCAGUAUGGUUUCCUGCACACUUCCGGUUCCUGCUGGUAUAUUCGUGCCAGCGUUCAAGAUGGGCGCCGCCCUAGGCCGGUUUACUGGAGAAGUGAUGCACUACUUCUGCCCCCUUGGCGUCGCUUACGGUGGACACAUACAGAAGAUACUGCCUGGUGGUUACGCGACAGUAGGGGCCGCUGCGUUCACCGGGGCCGUCACUCACACCGUUUCUACGAUCGUUAUAUGUAUUGAGAUGACAGGACAGGUGACUCACCUGCUGCCUAUCAUGGCGGCGGUGCUGUCCGCUAACGCGACAGCGGCUCUGCUGCAGCCCUCGUGCUUCGACAGCAUCAUCCUCAUCAAGAAGCUGCCUUACCUGCCCGAUCUGCUCUCGUCAGCGAGUCGUAUGUACGAUAUAUGCGUGGAAGACUUCAUGGUGAGAGACGUCAAGUACAUCUGGAACAGGAUGACCUUCCAGCAGUUGAAGGAUUUGCUUAAAGAAAAUAAGUCUAUCAAGAGUUUCCCACUGGUAUCCUCCCCAUCCUCUCCCGUGCUCCUCGGGUCCAUCCAUCGCUGGGAGCUGGUGCGCCUGAUUGAGCAGCGUGCUGGACGAGCCAGACGGCUCCAGGUUGCAGCUUUAUGGAGACGAGAGGCUGAAGCUAGAAGAAGGCCCUCCCGCUUUGAAGUCACCGCAGCCUCGCUUACUGAUACCAGCAAGGCAGGGCUCGUACCACCACCCGGCCAGCUGUUCCGCCCUAAGUCUAUCUUGAAGAAGACCAAUUCGUUCACUCUAACUCGUGGUCUAAGUUCACCUUCGACCCCCUCGACCCCGCAGCCUAAUGUGUACACCACUGUAACCGGCGCGGAGACCAGGAUCCGCGCGGCGUUCGAGGCUAUUUUCAAGCGGUCAACUUUGCUGCCGGACGUGGAGGGUGGACUCGGAGAACACGGCCUGCCCAGGAGUCCGUCCAUCAACAAGAAAGUACAAUUGCCCCGCGAGCGUGUAUGUGACAUGUCCCCCGAGGAUCAACGAGCCUGGGAGAUGAUGGAGAUGUCCCGGGAGAUAGACUUCGAUAGAAUGCUGACCAUCGUUCGGCAUAGAGAUAUGACGGCGGAGGAGUCCGAUCAUGACGAUGAAGACGACUCGCUGUACGUGUGUCACAUCGACCCAGCGCCCUUCCAACUGGUUGAGAGGACCUCGCUUCUUAAGGUCCACUCUCUCUUCUCUACUCUCGGCGUGAGUCGCGCUUACGUCACCGCUAUAGGAAGACUUAUCGGUGUUGUAGCGCUUAAAGAGCUUCGGAAGGCCAUAGAGGACGUGAAUUCCGGUACAUUGACCCCCACCAGCCACACCGCUGCGGCGACGUCGCUUCCGGUCCCUCGACCUCCGACUGUCCUGGUCCAACCGCCCCGGGAGCCCGCUCCCCCCUCCGACAAAGACACCGACAAACUGACAGUUGCGAGCGAGAAAUGACGAAGCGUAGGGCUAGUGAUAUUAAAUACAGUAUUAUAGACGCGGUGCUAACUGAAGAUUUAUUUAUUUUACGGGUGAUACUUGAGCCUUCGAAAACAAGUCUAAAAGACACGUGCCAUUGUUGUUUGAUGUACUGUGAUGUUAAACAGAUUAUUGUCUGUAUUGGAAUAAUACAUUAUUGAUUAUUUUUCUUAUUAGAACAUCUAUAGGUAUUAAGACGCUUCGCUGUCGGAUCUUUUGUGAUUUUUUUGGCUAUAUUUUAUGUUAACGUAUAAUUCGUCCCGACAGCUGUGAGUAUGAUUUAGUCUGUUGUGAUCUGUUGCUUUUAUCUAAUAAAUUAUGUGUUGUACUUUGA